GCUAAAGCUAUGAGAAGUGUCGCCACACUCUCAACCAACAACACAACUAAAUGCACGCGAGGACUCUAUUCACUCCCGGCUGAGGUUUUUUUUGUUUUGUUUUUUCCUGCUGUUGUUGCAAGAAUGAUACCCGAGGAGAACUUUACUUCCAGCGUCAUGGAGAACAGGAUGCAGUCUGCAGGUCUGGCCCUGGAGGAGCUUCUGGUGACGGCUCAGAAACAAGACUGCCUGACUGUUGGCAUCUAUGAGUCAGCUAAACUUCUCAACGCGGACCCGGACAGCGUGGUCCUGUGCGUCCUGGCGGCCGACGACGAAGACGACGUGGCGCUGCAGAUCCACUUCACUCUGCUGCAGUCAUUCUGCUGCGACAGCGGCAUCACCAUCCUGAGGGUGUCCGGCGUGCCGCGACUCGGCAAGCUGCUCGGAGCUGUGGACGCCAACAGCAACCAGGAAGAGCCCAAAGACCUGCACUGCAUGCUGGUGACGAACCCCCAGGCUGAGCACUGCAGGCUGCAGGAAGUGGGGAUCUACUGCCAGGAGAGCCGCCGCAUGGACCAGUGGGUGCCUGAACUGGUCCUGCAGGAGCGUUGAAGCGCGCCCUGACGCCACAGGAAACAUGGAGGAGCGCUUUCUGGGUUCACUUACAGAUGAUGAACUUUAAGAGGAUGUUGCAGCUCUGCAAGGGGACGGCACGGCGUGGACGGGGCUAUCCCGAUUUAUGCGACAGAAGCUGGAACCAAGGACACACGACAAGCUAGAAGAUCACAUGUCCAGACUAUUAUUCUUCGCAGGCCAGGUUUUCCUGAGACUGUGUGUACUUUGUGCUGCUAAUCAGCCCUUGCUGCUUGCCCAGUGCAACAUGAGGGCUGCUGAGAGGAGAAAUUCCACACCCCAGCUGGUUUCUGGAGGAGCCGCGUGGUUUCUUAGAACCAGACAGGAAUGUCGCAAUGCUGAAACUAUGCCAAGCAUUCCUGUGUAUUCCUGCAUGGAAGAUUCCUUGGAGAGGCGUGUGCAUUGCAGCGUCGGAGAGGACUGGGCAAGAGGAAUUGUCUCCAUGGAAACUGAAAUGGUGUUCACAGGAGCCAAAGAAAGACACUUUCCGAGUAUUUGAUAUUUACACCUUGAUGAAUUGGUGAAUAGUCCAUGUGCUGUAUUUGUUGACGGUGUUAUUUAUGCCUUAAACUCUUGCUAACAAUAAAUUAUUUUCUUC